UGAGAGAAGACAUCUCUGGUUCAGCACCAUAACGGGACAAUGAUGGCAAUAUUUUUUGCAACGACGAUCUUGAGUACAGCUUGUAAGUACAUUUCUCUACAACUUAAAAUUGACUUUCAUGAAGUGUAAUCAUGAGCCAUUUUGCGAAGGUCUGUUUGAAUAGUACAGGGGAGCAUGUAUGUGUGGAUGUAUAUGAGUAUGAAUGUAUGUAUUUUUGUUAAAUUCCCUCUAAAAUUUGAAUCAAUGCUUCGUUUUUUCCUAUUUUCAGUGCUAAGUCAAACCCAAGAAAAUCCUCAAUCGCUCUCUUUGACCAAAGCAGAUAUCGGAGAUACUGUUUCUCUACAUUGUGCAUCUUUGAAUGGUACAAGUAAAGUGUUAUACUGGUAUAAGCAAUCUCUUGGAUAUAUUCCCCAAGUGGUUGCCAGUGCAAUUUAUGGCACUCCAACGAUAUAUCCGCAAUACAAAUUAAGGGUUACACUGGUAAAAGGAAAGUUGACUGUGAGAGAUGUAAAGAAAGAGGACGAGGCAAACUAUUUCUGUCAGCAAGGAAUUGAUGAAAACAAGAAUUGGAACAACGGCACAUUUCUGUCUGUGAACGAUGGAAAUGAGCAGAAAUUAGAGUACCAGACUUUGGUCCAACAGUUGGCACCAGCUCAGCUGGGAGACCCUGUGGCUCUCCAGUGCUCUGUUAUCUCCCAGAGGACGGACCACAGUAACCAGUGCCAAGGGGAACCCAGUGUGUACUGGUUCAGAUCAGGACCAUCUCACCCUGCUGCCAUUUACAUGAAUGGGAACAGGAGUGGUGAAUGUCAGAAUAGUUCUGGGCCUCCGUCUGCUCCACAGAGCUGUCUCUACACUCUCCCCAAGAACAAUGCAGACUCCUCUGAUGGGACUUACUACUGUGCUCUGGCAGCAUGUGGGGAAGUUGUGUCUGGCAAUGAAUCCAAGCUGGACACUAAAGCACAAAACUCGCUUCCAGUUAACAUGAUACUUGGAAUACUGUUGGGUUCCUGUCUGGGUGUGAUUAUAAUCCUCAUUCUAACCAGAAAUGAAAUGCAAGUUUGUGAGCAGUGCAAAGGGACACGGAGGUCCGCGGAUGUUGCACAUGACUUAGUGAUUCAGGGACCACAGGACGGGGAAACCGAUUCCUUGAACUACGCAGCGUUGGAGUUCUCUGGCAGGAAAACCAAAGGAGGGAAGAAGAACGCUGAAAGGAAUCAGGAGAGUGUGUAUUCUGCUGUGAGAUAUUCUGCUACUGAAGUCUGCCACGGCCAAAUAUAGUUUAUAUUCCUCUAUAUUGUGUUCCUGGUUGUAUGCAGUAGGUGCUCUCUGUAGUCUAUGGACUGAUUCGCUUAAGGAACACUUACCCUCCGAUCGAGAGUUGUAUUUGUGCCGAGUUAAGUUCAAGUACACGACCAUCAUUCAAAUGUCAAUUUACAUGACGCGAGUUAACCUUUACAAGAAAAUAAUUGAUUCAUGCUAGUAUCAAUAAUCAUGAGACCAAUCUCUCCAUAGUGACCUUGUUCAUUUUACUUAUAUCAUUUCCCAACGAUUAUCAUAUGUGCUUAAUUGAUAAGUGGCAGACAAGACAGCAUUGAUUGUGUCCGAAUUGUUGGUGUUGUUCCUCUGUAUGCAUUUUAUAAGGAUGAUCAUUAAAAUCAUGAAUUACUAUUGAUGACUUCAAAAAAAGUUAAUUAAAGUCAACAUUUUCGCUGUUCAUUGACCUAAAAAUCCCCUUUUGGUUUCAGUCAAUGAUGGAAAAUGUAAAUUUCAUGGUUGGUUUCCGGCCCGUCAGCAGCACAUCCUGUUGAUACUGCGAGUCAGGUCUGGUCAGGUUGGUGGUGUGUGUAGAACAGGGACACGGCCACCCGCAGCCCUCGCUUCUCUGCUGCUCGGGGCCUCGCUCUGCUUCAAACCCAGUGGUAAAAGAAAUAGCAAGAGAGGAAGUGACACUAAUAGGGUUUUAUCUUUAACUCUUAAAAAAAAGGAUAGGCCUACAGAUAUUACAAGGGAAUCAAGUGACUUUUUCUGUUCAGAUACACAAAUAUAGCCGUUUAUGUUCAGUCACUGAUGGGAAACGUAUGUCCACGACAGUGUUCUCUGAAGAACCUCUGCAGCACAUCCUGUUGAUCUUUUCAUGCUCACGAGUUUUUGCGGUGUGGGUAAAACAAGAGACAAGGCCAGCCACAGCCCUAAACUCUCAUCUGCUGCUUGAGGCCUCUCUCUCUGUUUCCAUCUCAGAGGUAAAAGAAAUUGCAAGAAAGGAAGUGACCCGAAAAGUUGUGGUUCUAUCUAAGACGGACGAGGAUACUCAAUAUUCAUUCAGGUUGGAUCAUACGGCUUCAUUAUUAACACGUUCAGCCUAACAGUGGCCAACAUUGUAAAAAGGUCACAACCGGUAUUGCAACAAAUAAUAGAAUGACUCCCUGAGAAGGGGUUACCCUGAACACAACAUGUCUCCCCCGCCCCGAUCCCCUUAGAAAGUUCAAGGGUGGAAUGAAGUGUCAAAGUCCUGAAGGAGCCCAGCUGAUGGGGCAAACGGUUAGCAGGAGGGGCAAACGGUUAGCAUGAGGGGCAAACG